AUGUAAAGUUCAAACAGAAGAAAGAGCAGCUCAGCCGUAGACAAGCAGCAAGUGCCUCAAAACAACGAUCAAAGUGGAGAGGGACAAGCUUAGGAGGAGAACCAGUUCCCAAGACACAGAUUGGCUCAUAAAAAUGGAGGCAUUGUGCUGAUUGACGAGGGAAAUGUCAUACCUCAGGCUUUCAAAGAACUUCUAUCUAAGAUUGGAAAGAAAAUUCUGAAGGGAGAGUUCUCUGACCUUCUAAAGACACCUGCACCUGCAUAUAUGCACUACCCUAGAACUUACCUUCAAGGAUCAGCAAAAGAUUUAAGCUUGGCUCCACUAUAUUUUAAGAAAGCAGCCGAAGCAACAGAUCCCAUUGAGAGACUGAAAUGGGUAGUCGCAACAUACAUAGGAGGACAUCACAUUAAUGUAUCUCAAAUGCAAUGCAGAGCACCUCUUAAUCCCAUCCUAGGAGAGACAGUCCAAAGAGUUUUGCUUACAGGCGAGCGAUAUUAUGCAGAACAAACAUCUCAUCAUCCUCCUAUUACUAGCUUUAUGCUUGAAGACCCUAAUAACUUGUAUACAUUUACAGGUUAUUUCGAAAUGAAGGCUUGGCCCACUGGUUUAUCAUCACUGAAUGGCUCGAGAACAGGAAAUUAGUAAAUUAAAUUCCAUGAUGGAGGCUAAAUCACUAUAAAAGAUCCAAUUGCUGAAAUAUCAGGUUUAACAUAUGGUGACAGAAUUCAUAAUUAUAUUGGAAGAGGAUAUUACAUUGAUACAGUAAACAAUAUUGAAGCCGAGGUGGUGUAUAACCCAAAGGAUGAAAGUGAAGGCUUCUUCAGCAGAUUUUGGGGUAGCAAGAAGUCUCAGCUGACUGAUAUCAUUCAGGUGAGAAUUUGCAAAGUAUAUAGCGAUGGAGCUAAGCAAAGAUUAGCAACUGGAUUCGGAUCAUGGCUAUCUCAUUUGGAAUUCGAUGGACAAAUAGUUUGGAAGCUCGAUGAUAAGUACGAUGAGUGGCUUAUUCCAAGCGUUGAUAUCGAGGAUUCAGAAUAACUUCUACCCUCAGAUAGUCACAAUAGACCUGACUUGUAGCCACUCAUUGAUAGAGCGUUCGAGGUGGCAGAGAAGAAUAAAGUGAUGAUGGAAGAAUUGCAAAGACACGACAAGAAAUUGAGACUUGCAUCCAAGGCAUUCAGAGACAAAAAAGCAAAAUAAUGA